UGGCUCGAGGCUGCCCAGUCGCGCCUCCGACCAGGGUGCUGCACUCUUGUCCUGGGGCGCCUGAAGACUCUCCCCCCUCCAUCCUCCCCCCCCGUCCUCCCUCCUCCCCUCCCCCGCCGCGGCAUGGUGGCGUGCCGCGCGCAGCGCGGCGCCCAGCGCCGCCCCGCGCGCUGUGGGCUCUUCCUCCUGGCCGCGGGCGCGGCGCUCCUGGCGUUGCCAAGGCGCGGCGCGGCUCUCGUAAAGUCGGGAGGGGAAAAACACACACAGACACAAGUAAUGGUCCAUUCCCCCGAAAAUAUGGGCAAGGGAAGUGGGGGGGGAAUACGGAAACCUCGAAAAUAUGGGGAAAUAUGGGGAGUAGUUUUACUUGUGUGUAUUUGUUUGUGUGUCCUGGGGCCCUUUCAGUAAAGUCGGGCGGGGCCGCGGGCCGCCGGGUUGUCGGCUGGCGGCGCCCCCAAGGGGCCCACGUGACGGGGAGCAGCGCCUGCGGGGAGAGCAGGAGAAGGCAAGGAUAUUGCUGCUCUUCCUGGAGAGUCCUCGUCACCACGGCUGGAUUCUCUCCGCAAUGCCGGUCAGGAUGCUCUGCGGGAGAGGGCCGGGGAUUAGAGGUAUCGGUAUUUGAUGGCCCUCGGCCAAUCCUGCCACCGUGCUUGGGUUGAGGGUCGUAGGCCUUUAGGAUGUUCGCUGGGAUGUGGUGGGAGGCCUCUCGCUUAGGGGACCGUUUUGAUGCCUCUUGGGGGCUUCAUGGAGCUUCUUGAGUCGUCUUGGGGGCCUCUUGGAGUUCUCUUGGGGCCUCGGCGACGACGACCGCUCGCCAGGGGGCAGUGCGCCGCCGGCGUGCGGCGAGAGCCCGUGGACGCGCCCGUGGAUGACAAGCAGCUCCUGAUAGUCGGUGGCUGCGACCUGCUCUUGCUCUCCGCGGGCACCGUGGCUGCCCGUGGCUUCCGCGCGAGACCGUCGCUUGCGAUUUUGGCGGCGGUGGCCGUGUAUGUGGUGUUUUUGGUACUAGUCAUGCGUAUUCUUCAGACGAGUCCCUUGUGAAGGGAUCGUCGUCCGGAAGGGGACCGUCUUCGGCCAAGCACGCACAGCUACCUCGGGCGCCAGCUCCCAGGUCUGAAAGGAACCCCAGAGUGUGGGGCUUUCCAGGUGAGACGUUUUAAGGUGCUUUAGUGCUGCGAGACUCGAGGUUCCACAGUGUAGCUUCCUGUCCGCUGACUCCGCUGUAGUUCUAGGCGUGCUCGAGAUCAGCGGUGAGGGGGCAGCAAGGCGGUUUGUCAGAGUCGAGGAAACCAUUUGAAUUCCCAGUGUGCAUAGGUAACCUGCUCGGCCGAACUCGAAGGAAGUGCCCAGCGGAGCAUGGCUUGGCCUGGAGACGAGUUAGAAGUUUUUUGUUCACAGCUUGCGUGAUUUCAAGUUUCAAGGCGUGUCGGCCCGCACGCUGGCAAGUUUCGAGGCGUGUCGUCGACGUCAACCAGGUACCGGGCGUGUCGCUUUUGACUUCAGGUUGCGAUGAGAAGCCUGAGGGACGGGCGUAAUAGUUCUAGUCGAGUGUUACGUGCGACACGGGUCGGCUCGCUCCGACAUGCUAGUGUCUAGGCUGCCUGUCGCCAUGUGCGAGCGCUAGGGAUCCUGGGCAGCAACUUUGCAUUGUAUACAUUGCGCAUGUGCGCACGCGAGUGACGCUGUUGCGGGCAACAGUAUCGCUAAAGCGUCGAACCGCCCUAGAGGCGAUGCCGACAGGAGCAAAAUCUCGGAUGUCGUCUCUGAGUGUACAGCGUCCCCUCGGCCUGUCACUUUCCACGGCCAGGCUCUUGGCACAUCACGGCAGCUAGCUGUUCCUAUGAAGCGUGCUGGCGCGCAAAAUGUUGCCAGGUUUAGUUUUGUGAGUGUUGCUUCGACCAGGUGUAUGUGCGAGGACC